AUGGACGACUUUACGAUUUCUCUUUUCACCGAAUCCGUUCUCUAUGGCAUAUAUACUUCGUUGUUUUGCGUCACCCUCUACAUCCUCCUAACCAGACGGAAAACCAUGUCGCAUAUCGUCCUGACUGUCCUGACCAUCGUCAUGUUUGGCAUCGUGACUUCGCAUGUAGUUCUGUCCCUGACAAUCGGCCCGACACCGCCGAGCAGGUUCUGCCCGUCUAUUUCUUGCGUACUGGCGGAGUACCUCCCGUGUCUAAACUUCGUCCUGGGAGAUCUGAUCGUGAUAUGGCGGGCGUGGGUGCUCUGGGGCCGCAACAAGCACGUCUUCGUCCUCCCUCUGUUCCUGAUCAUCGCCACCGUCGCAGACGUGUCGACGGUGCUCGUUUUGAGCAUCCGAGCUGUGCUGUCGGGCGCCGACUUGGCUGCGGAGUCGGGCGUCGGGCUCGCGCUGAUCAUCAUGCACACGCUGUGCAUCGCCUUGACCCUCUGCACCAACGCGCUGGUGACUCUUCUCGUUGGGUAUCGUGCCUGGUAUUUCACGUCUAAUUGUGGUGGCUCGAGGUGGCAUAUAGGGCCCGAUCGAUGUCUCCCCGUGUUGCUGCUGCUCAUCGAAUCAGGAGCACUAUAUUGCAUCGUGUGGGUCACGUAUAUCGCGUUGGACGUGCUUCAUGGUGAUUGGGCUCCCUCGCGAAGCCUCGUGUUUCAGAUAUUUCAAAACGCCGUGCCCCAGAUCACUGGCAUAUACCCCACUCUCAUCAUCAUUCUCUGCAGCCUGAAGCGCACCUUCCACGACAUCGUCAGCCCCCGGCCGUCACCGGGCAGCAGCUACAACAACUUAGAUCUGGAGAACUUGAACUCGAGCUCCUCGAAGGCGCGGCGGCUGCCGAACCAGGAGGCAGGCUUCAACGACACGUCGCUCACCCUGUCGACUCCCUUCGCUCCGCAGCCUCCCUCGUCUAUCCCGCUGCGCCCCAUGCGUCCCUACGAUGGUGGCACGACGCGCAGCCCUCCGCCGACGUUCGGAUUCACGCGGGGUCCGUCCGAGUCGUCACCCGCUGCCAGCGAAUAUGUUCUCACGAGCUUAGAGAUAGAAACCGCGUCAAAUUUUGCUUUGGCGAUGCAGGACGCUAUCAAGGCCAUGAACGAGGAUGAAGGGACGUCGCGGACUUGA